AUGAAAUUCCUCAUCGCUGUUGUUCUCGUUUUCUGUCUUCUUCAAGCCAUCACUGCUGACAUCUUCUGUAACGACUUUGGAAAUUGUAUUGGAGAUGGAGCACCAUUUGGGGACACUCGUUGCGGAAACUGUCAUUCCUGUGUUUACAAAGACUGCUGUAACGUGAAAUACACCAAUCCAAUAUCUACUUGUUAUAUACCUGGAUGGCGUUCCGAUGAAUACAAAUAUUUUCAUGAAAAUAUUUUAAUGAGCAAACUUCCCGUUGCUUGA